GGACAGGUUCCUGCCUUGUCCUCCUCCCUCGCUUCGGCUUGGGGUUUGGAGAGCUUGCCGCCUCUGGGCGGAGCGGCUUUCGGCGGCUGUGCUGUCCGGUGCGGACUGGCCGCUUGUCGGCUGCCGGGCCGAAAGCUUCGCUCCGUCUUGUCAGCUGGCGGGGUUGUUGGGCAUAGUCGGGUGCGGCUGCGCGGAGGGUGGCGUGGCGCCGAAGGUGCCCGGAGACGAAGGAGGCCGAGCCGAAAGGAACACCGCAGCCUCCCCAGCGGAGAGGGUGGCUGACAGCCUGCGUGGGAGAGACGGGCAGAUCACCUGAGAUGUUGGAAUGAACAGCUAAUCUUUCCAAGAUGAAUAAAUUAAGGGCAGUAUCAGAAAAAAGUUUAACUAAUAAUUCUCGGAUUGCAAGUUUAUUGACACAACUUGAGAAGAUCAAUGCAGAAUGUUUGGUGGAAACUGACACCGCUAGAUACGUUACAUCAAAGAUACUCCAUCUGACUCAAAGUCAAGAAAAAAUAAAGAAGGAGAUGACUGCCAAAGGUUCAACAGGCAUUGAAGUUAUUCUCUCAACUUUAGAGAACACAAGAGAUCUUCAGACCACACUAAAUAUCUUAAACAUCCUGAUUGAGUUGGUAGCAGUGGGUGGUAGCCGGAGAACAAGUAUUCUUGCUUCCAAAGGAGGGACACAAAUCUUACUGCAAUUGCUUGUGAAUGUCAGCAAAGAUUCCCCACCAAAUGAAGACUUAAUGGUGCUACUUCAUUCCCUCCUUGCAAAACUUGGUCUAAAAGAUAAAAAAAUUGGAGUAAAAGCCAGAAUUAGUGGUGCUUUAAAUAUAACGCUAAACAUAGUGAAGCAAAACUUGCAGAAUCAAAGAUUAAUACUGCCUUGUCUUCAAGUGUUACGAGUAUACUCAACCAACUCUGUAAAUGCUGUGUCCUUGGGUAAGAAUGGGGUUGUGGAACUGAUGUUUAAGAUCAUUGGUCCUUUCAGCAAGAGGAACACUGGCCUUAUGAAGGUUGCUUUAGACACUCUUGCUGCUUUGCUAAAAUCAAAAACAAAUGCCAGGAGAGCAGUAGACAGAGGCUAUAUCCACAUGCUUUUAACCAUCUAUGUAGACUGGCACCGUCAUGAUAGCCGGCAUAGGCAUAUGUUGAUCCGCAAAGGAAUCUUGCAGUGCAUUAAAAAUAUUACAAACAUCAAACUGGGAAGAAAAGCAUUUCUUGAUGUCAGUGGGAUGAAAAUUCUGUACAACACAUCACAAGAAUGCCUUGCAGUGAGAACACUUGAUCCAUUAGUCAACACUUCUAGUCUUAUAAUGAGAAAAUGUUAUCCCAAAAAUCGUCUUCCACUGCCAACCAUUAAAAGUGCUUUCCAUUUCCAACUACCUGUCAUCCCUGUUAACGGACCAGUGGCUCAGUUGUAUAGUUUGCCUCCUGAAGUGGAUGACGUAGUAGAUGAAAGUGAUGACAAUGAUGACACCGAAACAGAUACUGAGAUUGAAAAUGAUAAUGAAGAUGACAUAGAGCAACAUUUUAAGAAUGAUGAUAUAGAGACUGAUAUCAGCAAAUUGAAACCAAAGCAGGAGUUGGGACGACCUAUAGAAGACCUAAAAAUGUAUGAAAAAUUUUUCCCAGAACUUGUGGAGGACUUUCAGGAAUACAACUUAGUUUCCAAGGAACCAAAGCCUUUUUCGACCAAUGUAUCAUUAGGAAGACCCAUUAUUGUUCCUACAGCUGGUGAGGAACAGUUGCCCACAAAUCAUAGCAUAGAAAUUCCUGUGAAGGAGAGUCAUCCCUUGCAAAUGGAGGACUAUAAUAAAAGACCCAUGUCUUUGGCUCUGGUAAAGAAAAACAGCAGCAUGGACAAUAGUUUACAGCAUCAAGAUGAUCAGUUGAAAUUGCAUUCAUCGUGCCAGUGCCUAAACCAUGAAAUAAUCAAAGGCUUGGACAGAAUUACUUUGCAGAACACUCCCCAAAAUGAACAAUCUUACAGUUCAAGAGCAACGACCCAAAAAGAGUGUAAAACUAGCUUUAGUGAAGUCACAUGUAAUAAACCCUUACAACACAUUUCAUCCUGUGGAGGUCUUUUGUUUGAGGGCCGGUCUGUACAACUAGGGAAGCUGUGCUGUACUGGAGCUGAUCCUGAAGAGGAGGAAGUAUCCUGCUCAAUAUCUUUGGGAGAGCAAGUGAUGCUUGAUGUGCCUGACCUAUUACAGCUCCAUGACCCAGAACUUUAUAUUGAGAUAGUGAAAAAUACAAAGUCUGUUCCUGAAUAUUCAGAAGUGGCUUAUCCUGACUAUUUUGGACACUUGCCACCACCGUUUAAAGAGCCCAUUCUUGAAAGGCCUUAUGGUGUACAAAGGACAAAAAUUGCCCAGGAUAUUGAAAGGCUGAUUCAUCCUAGCGACAUUAUAGAUAGAGUCGUGUAUGACCUUGACAGUCCCAGCUAUAUGGUGCCAGAUGAAGGAGGCAUUUUGAAGUUUAAUUCCAAAUUUGAAUCGGGGAAUUUGCGCAAAGUUGUUCAGAUCAGAAAAAACGAGUAUGAUCUUAUUCUUAAUGCUGAUAUAAACAGCAAUCAUUAUCACCAGUGGUUUUACUUCGAAGUCAGUGGAAUGAGAACAGGCAUUGCUUACCGAUUUAAUAUAAUCAAUUGUGAAAAGUCAAACAGUCAGUUCAAUUAUGGUAUGCAGCCUCUCAUGUACUCUGUUCAAGAUGCGUUAAAUGGCCAACCCUGGUGGAUUCGUGUUGGAACAGAUAUUUGUUACUACAAGAAUCAUUUUUCUAGAAGUUCAGUUGCAGCUGGAGGUCAAAAGGGAAAAUCCUACUACACAAUUACCUUCACAGUCAGCUUCCCACAUAAGGAAGAUGUUUGCUACUUUGCUUACCAUUAUCCAUAUACUUAUUCAACUUUAAUGAUGCAUCUUCAAAAACUGGAAUCUACAUACAAUCCUCAGCAGAUAUAUUUUCGACAAGAUGUUUUGUGUGAGACCCUUUCUGGAAACGGCUGUCCUUUACUCACUAUAACAGCCAUGCCAGAAUCCAAUUACUACGAACAUAUCUGUCAGUUCAAAAACCGUCCUUAUAUUUUCUUAUCUGCUCGUGUUCAUCCUGGAGAGACUAAUGCAAGCUGGGUUAUGAAGGGAACACUGGAAUAUCUCAUGGGUAAUAAUCCCACUGCCCAGACUUUACGAGAAUCUUAUAUAUUUAAAAUCGUUCCAAUGCUUAACCCAGAUGGGGUCAUCAACGGAAACCAUCGCUGUUCCUUAAGUGGGGAGGACUUGAAUAGACAAUGGCAAAACCCAAACCCAGAUCUGCAUCCUACAAUUUAUCAUGCCAAGGGCCUGCUCCAGUAUUUGUCAGCUAUAAAACGUUUGCCACUGGUUUACUGUGAUUAUCAUGGUCAUUCUCGCAAGAAAAAUGUGUUCAUGUACGGCUGUAGUAUCAAGGAAACAAUGUGGCAUACGAAUGUUAGUGCUGCUUCUUGUGAUCUGACUGAAGAUCUAAGUUACAGGACACUUCCUAAGAUUCUCAGUCAGACAGCUCCAGCCUUCUGCAUGAGCAGCUGCAGUUUUGUUGUGGAAAAGUCUAAAGAGUCCACAGCACGCGUGGUAGUCUGGAGAGAGAUAGGUGUUCAGAGAAGUUAUACCAUGGAAAGCACGUUGUGUGGAUGUGAUCAAGGGAAAUACAAGGGUUUGCAGAUUGGGACACGCGAGCUUGAAGAAAUGGGAGCUAAGUUCUGUUCUGGUUUACUACGUUUGAAAAGACUAACAUCACCACUGGAAUACAACCUUCCACCUAGCCUCUUUGACAUUGAAAAUGAUUUGAUUGAGUCCAGUUGUAAAGUAACAAGCCCCACUACAUAUGUUCUGGAAGAAGAUGAGCCUCGCUUCCUUGAAGAAGUGGAUUAUAGUGCAGAAAGCAAUGAUGAGCCAGAUGUUGACUUGACAAAUAAUGCUGGUGACUAUGAGCCCAGUCUUCAAGAAGAAGGACUUUCUGACUCUGAAAUUACAAGGACACAUUUGUCUUAAGACAUCCUUGAAAUACAAGAAGAAAUCUAAGUAUUGUGGCUUUUGGAAGAUGGACAAGGGUGGGUUCUAUAACUUUGCAAUUUUGCUCAAGCAAAUUAACUUUGGUCGGUCCAGUUAAAAAACAAUAAAUGUUCUGGCUUUUAAACUAAUUGACAGUUGUUUUAUUUGAAGAAUCCAGCUUCCAUCUUUAGCACUGACAUUUCUUUAUCUCUUGAUUGCCUGCUAAAUAUUGUUGCAUGGCUUUUUGUCUUCUGUAUCCCUAUAAUCACCAACAAAUUGUAUAAGAAGCUAUUGGUGUGUCAGAAGGCGUAAACUAAACCUCAUUCUUUGUGAUACUGUCUGGUGAGCUGGUUAUUAAACACAAAUACAUACUUUUUUUUCUUAAAUGUUUGCAGUAAUAUAGGAAGCAGUACAUUUUGCAAUACUGAAUUAAAGAAAAUACAUUUACUGCUUAGUAUAUAUCUUGAGCCUUAAAUAAAAUGUAAUUUCAUAGUUUUACUAUAGUUUUGAUUUGGAAACAAACUGUGAUAUUGACAGUGGAAACCUAAGCAGAAUUACAUCUUUCUAAGUCUAUUGAAGUCCAUUUGUAAGUAUUCUCAGGAUAACACUGAGAAUUUCUAGUUUAAAAAAGGAAACUGCACUGUGAACAAUUGUUCCAUGGUGAACUGGAGUGUAGUGCUCACAAAAAAGUGGAUGAGGUGAUGGUUGGAGGCUCAAAUAACUGAAUAUUCAUCUGUGCAAAAAUAUUUUCAGCACAUAGAGGAUUGGCAUGUCACAGAGAAAGAGUCUACUAGGACCUCUUUUCUUAAUACUUAACAUCUUCCAGGGGAGGGGGGAAUUUUUUUUUAAUGGAGGCACAUUUCAAGCAUAUGAUCAGCCACUUGCAGUCCAACUCCAGACAGAUUUACUAGCUUUUCUGAUAUGUAUGAGAACUAUGAUUUUAUAUAUUUGUAAAACAUAGUCUAAGGUACAUAUUCAAAUGUUCCUCCUGCAGUAAAUAAUAUGAAAACUAAUAUAUAUUCUUGCUAAGCAUAACUAUAAACAUUACAUAGUAUGUAUACUUAAUACUUGCUAAUUUUUUAAUUUAAUAUGGUCAUAAUGAGUUCUGUGUGUUCUGAAUAUAUUGCUGAUACUAUUCUACAUAUGUUAAGAUUGUAGAAUGGUGCUGUGUGCCUGGAUUAAAGUUUCUCUAUGUAAAUAACUUUGGAAGUUAUUUUGGUGUGAUUCGGAGAAAGUGAACUAUGCUUGUAUUUAAUGCUGAACGUGGCACUAGCAGUGCAAUUCUAAGCAGAGCUGCACCCUUCUAAGCCCAUUGGUGUGACCAUGCAUAAAAUGGCACUGUUAAGCAUGCAGAUACUAAAAAAGCUCAUGUAUUCAGUAAGUACUGCAUAUACCUAACUUCUUCCUGAUCUUUCAUAAUAAGUUUAUGAAUCAAAGCAGAUGUGAAAUCCGUACAAUGUAGCUGAUACUGAAGAGAGGACAUUUCUGCAUGUGUAGUCUUUCUUCAAUAAUUCCCACUCACAGAAUUUCACUCAUGCCUGUGCAUGUGUGCACAUGCACAUGAACACACACACCAUCUUUUCAUAUUUUGAAGGGGCAGUAGGAGUGGAGUUGGUUUGCAUUUGUUUCAUAAAUCAAACCAGACUUUCCUUUAGAAAAAAAAGAUGGUCUAAUUCUGUAACUGACAGAAUGCAACUGUUUCCCUCCACAAGACACUAGAAGUAUUUCACAGCAUAAGCUAAAAUUAAUGAAAUAUUUGCAACACAUGGAUCAUAAUUAUGAGAUCCUGUUAAGUACUGGAUUGGCCCAAACCAAACAGGAUAAUCACUCCAUACACAACUUUGUUUCAUAUGCAGCAAUGCAAAGUGCCAUUCAGGGCCUUAUUUGCAACCCGAGCACAUCCAGCCAUACUUGAACUCCAGGGGUGACUCCCUCAGUGAGAGCACAUGGGGGUUUGUAGCUCCGGGCUGAGUGGGAGGCAGGUUGAAACAUCUUCAAAAUUGACCAGGGCACUCCCAGAAGCAGACCCAAGCAUUCUCUGGACCUCAGAAGGUAUUGAAGGGUGCUGUGCUGAAAUUAUGUGCUCAGGCCCAAAGUUCUCAGACUUUCUAUUAAACUUAAAAGUGGGGGGAAGAGAAUGGUGAUACAAUAUUAGCAUCAAAAUAAUUGAGAACUGCUGCUAUAAUUAUUUGCUGUUUACACUUUUAAAAUGAUCACCUGUGAAAUGUGAGGGUUUAUAAAAUGUUAAUGGGACAAGUUGUAUCUUUUUUCCUUUUGCCAUCUUCUAUAAUUGCUGAGGUUUUAACAAUCUAGUAGUUAAUUUGUGGGACUUUAUGGAAUCAUUUCCUUUUUAUAAAAAUAUUUGGAUAUCUUUUAACUUAAUUUUGAUUUUAUGAAAUGGCUUUGAUGCAGACUUGAUAUAAAACACAAUCAAUAUGAAUUACUAUAUAGCUCUGUGUUGUAUUUUUAUCAGCUUCUGAAAACUUUCUAAAUUGAACAAACAGAAGCUUAUCAAGAUGUAAUACACUUUUUCUUCUUCACUAGUAAUGUUUUAAUGAAUGCUGGAAUAUUCCUCAUCUUCAUAUAUGACCUCUCAGGCAAAGGUUGCCAUUUGUGCCAACUUUGGAUGUAAGUUUAAUAUAGAAUAUCAAACAACUAGAUGAACAGAGAGAGCGCAGUUUAAAUAAGGCUGUCAUAAUGUUAAAUACUUUUUACUAAAGCCAGGUUUCAAAAUAAUUACUCAUUGUGAUGCUGUAAUGAUAAAUUGUGGCAAUAUUACUGUGCAUGCCCCAAAUAUAUAAUUUAUCAAGUAAAUGUAAUAAAGUAAAUUAUUAUAAUCA